UUAAACAAAGGAGUAAUAUCUAAAGUUCCCUCCACUUUUUUGAUUCUGCAAGAGACUUGCCAGUCCCUAGAGGAUCUAUUUCCACAAGACAUUGCAUUCCCUAAGGAUCCAGAAGUUAUAAUGUCGUAAGGGAUUUCGUCCUAGCACGGGGCCUGCCUGUCCACGUGCUCCGUGCUUAUCUGUCCUUGUUUCUGCAUAGUCCAGCCUUUCCCCAGGAAUGUGGCUCUCUUCCAGUCUGUUUCUCUUCCACCUCAAUAUGCGCAAUGCUCCCGCCUUUCUCCAAGAACUUCAGUAGAUUCCGAUCCCAGGAUUUUCUGUAGUCCUCAUUAUCACCGAAGCGCCUUCAAUCCUCUCUUUAAUAAAUGUACUCUAUACCCUUGUGCUAGUUCCCUACCGGCUGUCUCCUGGAUGUCGGACCUUUAGGGCUUCCGUUCCCUUUCACCCGGAUACGCACCCACGUGUGCUAACCACCACCCCACUGGCAGUCUCGAGGGUUGGCUGAAGCAGGGAAGGGCCAGCGGAAGCCCUUUCCCAAGUCCGGGGCUGUCACGGUCAUUACUGGUAUACCGGCUAGAGUCAGCCAGCGAGUUUACCAGAGGAGACGAAGCCGGAAGACCGACGUGAGAAAGCGACGCAAGCCGGCUUCCGUAGGAGCCAACUUUUACCUGGCGCCCUCAUCCGGGGUCCCGCCCUCCGCACCAAGCCGUCGGACUCCGCCUCCGGAAGUGCCACCGAGAAGCGCCGGCCUCCAAGCGGUGUAGAGCGACCCCCGAAAGCCCAGGGUGGCCCGGCGAGCAAGGGUGUCUGCGACAGGACGGCAGUUUCGCCCGCAGUUCCACUUGGUGAUGGUCAUUGUUCUCCAGAACAGGGAUGGAGGAAAUAUCAGCCCGGGAAGCAGCAGGAUCACCAAGGGUCCAGUUUCAAUCUUUGGAGACCCAGUAUGAGGGUCUGCCCCCAGAGCCUCAGGUCGUGCAGGACACCGCCAUGGAACAGGGACUCGCUGGGGCUCCACCUGUUCCCCAGGUGCCUGCUCUUCCCCACGAGGGAAGCCCAGGAGACCAGGCAGCUGCACUCCUGACAGCCAGGUACCAGGAGUUUGUGACAUUCGAGGAUGUGGCUGUGCACCUUACCCGAGAGGAAUGGGGAUGCCUGGACCCUGUUCAGAGGGAGCUCUACAGAGAAGUGAUGUUAGAGAAUUAUGGGAACGUGGUCUCGCUGGGAUUUCCAAUUUUCAAGCCUGAUGGGAUCUCCCAGCUGGAACAAGAUCUACUGGUCUUUGAUCUGGAAACUAAGAAUAGAGAAGUCUUAAGAGAUGACUGCUCAGAUGGAGAAACCAGAGAAGAGAACAAGCUGUUGAUUCCUAAGCAGAAAAUUUCAGAAGAAGUACAUUCAUACAAAGUGAGAGUAGGAAGACUCAAAAAGGAUAUUGCCCAAGUUCCUGAGACUAGAGAAGCGUAUAAACCUGAGGACAGAUUAGAAAGGCUUCAGGAAAUCCUAAGGAAAUUUCUCUUCCUGGAGAGGGAGUUUAGGCAAAUAACAAUCAGCAAGAAAACCUUCACCAGUGAGAAGAACAAUGAAUGUAAUGAACCUGAAAAAAGCUUCAGUCUGGAAUCUACCCUUGAUACAGAUCAGAAAGAUCUUAGAAUACAGAACAUUGAUGACAUUGAUAAGUAUGACAUGAGCCUCAACCAGAAUUCAGCUGCUGAGAAACAGGAACAUGUAAAUCUGACACAGGAUUUUCAGAGUGGUGAAUAUAAAGAAAGCUUGAUGGAGCUCUCCCACCUUAGUAAAUGUGAAAGCAUUCCUACCACUGAGAAAUUCUAUAAAUGUGAUGCAUGUGAGAAAGUCUUCCACCAGAGCUCAGCCCUUUCUAGACAUCAGAGAAUUCAUACCAGAGAGAAACCCUACAAAUGUAAAGAAUGUGAAAAAUCUUUCAGUCAGAGUUCAAGUCUUAGUCGACAUAAAAGAAUACAUACUAGAGAAAAACCCUAUAAAUGUGAAGUGUCUGAUAAGUCCUGUGAGUCAUCUGACAAAUCCUCUAGUCAGAGCUCAGGCAUAAUUCAGCAUAAGAGGAUUCACACUAGAGCAAAAUCUUAUAAAUGUAGCAGUUGUGAAAGAGUCUUCAGUCGUAGUGUACAUCUUACUCAACAUCAGAGAAUUCACAAAGAGAUGCCCUAUAAGUGUACUGUAUGUGGCAGCGACUUCUAUAAUACCUCAUACCUAGUCGAACAUCAGAAAGUUCACUGUGAAGAGAAAGCCUAUGAAUACAAUGAAUGUGGGUUGACCUUUAUUAAACAUCAAGGAAUUCGUCUCAGAGAAAAGCCCUAUACAUGUAAUGAAUGUGGGAAAGACUUCAGAUUGAAUUCCCAUCUUAUUCAGCAUCAAAGAAUUCACACAGGAGAAAAACCACACGAAUGUAAUGAAUGUGGAAAAGCUUUCAGUCAAACCUCAUGCCUUAUUCAGCAUCACAAAAUUCAUAGGAAAGAGAAAUCCUCUGAGUGUAAUGAUUAUGAAGAAAGUUUUAAUCAUAGCUCAGAUCUUGUCCUACAACGAGAAGUCCUCACCAGAGAAAAAGCCUUUGAUUGUGAUGCCUGGGAAAAGAACCUCAGUCAGAGAGCACACCUUGUUCAACAUCAAAGAAUUCAUACCAAAGAGAAACCUUACGAAUGUAAUGAACAUGGGAAGACAUUUAGUCAAGUUCAGGCCUCAUUCAACAUCUGAGAGUUCACCCCAGGGAGAAAUGUAUGUACUGAAUAUGGUAAAACCUUCAAUUAUAGCUCAACCUUUAUUCAGUAUCGGAGAGUUCACACCAGAGAGAAACCCUCUGAAUGUGACAAAUGUAGUAAAGCUAUUAGUUAAACUCAGUCGAUGCCUGCAAACCCAUACCAAUGAACAAACCUACGAAUAUAUUGAAUGUGGUAAAUGCUUCAUGCUAUGUUCAUACCUUAGUCACCAUUGGAGAAUUCAUACAGGAAUAAAAUUCCAUCACUGUAAUGAAUGUGAAAAAAGCCUUCAGUCAAAGACACAACUUGUUCAUCAAAUUCAUUCCAUGCAGAAAGCCUAUGAAUGUAAUCAGUGUGUGUAGGGUUGGGUGGUGGGGGGGAAGAUUCAAUCGUAUUUCAAUCCUCAUUCAACAUGAAAAAAUCCAUACCCUGGAGAAGUCAUUUGAGUGUAGGAGUUCAAGUCUUGUUCAUCAUUGGAAUAUCUGCACCAGACCAGAAUCUGGUAUAAUGCAAACGGAAAAAUUUACUGCCAUAUUUCAGGCUUUAUUCGAUAUAAAAAUGUUGGAGAGAAAAUUGUUUAUUGUUUGUAUAUGAAAUCGUUAAUAUAUAGUUCCAGUCUUUUUCAUUGCAAAAGAAUCUAUUCUGAGGAGUGACUUGGUGAAUUCAGUGCUGUUUUAUUACAGCAUUCUUUUAUUUAAUAUAAUAGGUAUUGUAAGUAAUUAUGUGUACUUUAUUUAUGGAAUUCAUUUAAGCUAUUUUUAUUUUAAUAUGGCCUAUAAACAUUUUAGUUCCUGGAAUUGGUACUUAUUAUUCACAGCUUCCCUAAGGUAUUACAGCAAUUUUAAAACAUCAGCAUCUGGAAUGUAGCUCAUUUAGCUUUUUCUGCUGUUCUCAGCCCAAAUUCUCUCCAAAACAGACUGUUGGGCCUGCUCUUUUUUGAGGACCCUACAUACUCGUUUCCAGCCACAGCACUUGAAUUCCUAUGGAUUUCUCCAUUCUCUUAAGCGCCUUGGAAUGGUGGUUUCCUAGUUUUAAGCUUUUCACCAGCAGGUAUGCCUUCCCUACUUGAUGUUGCUAUUCUGGUGUCUUCUUUCAUAAAGUGAAGCAAUUUCCUUUAAAUUGGAUUGCCACAUCCUGUUCAUCCAUGAGUAUGAAUAAUUCUGUCUCCCUUGAGUGUAUGGCAGGCAGCUAAACAUUUUAAAGUGAUGCCCAGGUUCUUAGCGGCCUUGUCUGCACCCACAGCCCUCUAAGAGAUGAUAAGGACAUCAGGGAGCCCACGAGAUGAUGGUGGUCUAGCUACAUUCAGCGCUUAUUCUGCAUGUCUGAGUUUAGAAUUACUUUAUAUACUUCCAUUGAAGACCAGCAAAAUGCUUACGUCUGCUUUUGAUAGGGCAAAACAUAAAGAAUAUAAACUAUUAGGUUGGUGCAAAAGUAAUUGUGGUUUAAAAGGUUAAAAAUUGCAAAAACUACAAUUACUUUUGUACCAACCUAAUAAAAAAUUCAAAGAGCUUCAUAAGGCAGAGAGCUCAGCCUGCCAACAAAAAUAUUGCUGUUCUUAGGUAAUAUCUCUAGAGAGAGUAUUUCAAGAGAGUGGCAGGUCUGUUCCUGGUAAAAUUUUAACUGUUAACGAUUGCUUCUUUAUCUAUUUUAAUUUCUGUCCCCAGUCUUCCCUCAUCAAUCCAGGACAGUAUUUGAAGUGUGGGGGUUUUGUGUAUAAUUAUUUAUCAUUAUCACACUUUCGUAUUUUACUAGACUCUACAAGCCAUGUAAAAGAACGUGAGUUUCUUGAUUGAUAAAAGUCAUCACAGAUGUUGGCUCCAGAGUUCAUCGUAACGCCUUCCGUGUUUCCCCCAAAAUAAGAUCUAGCCGGAUCAUCAGUUCUAACGCAUGUUUUGGAGCAAAAAUUAAUAUAAUACCGGGU